AUGCAUUAUCAACUUAAGUAUGUCGAUGUUCCAUAUGUUCAGGACGUGGUGCUUGAAAUCAAGGCAGACAAAUUCUGGGCCUUAAGUGUAAGAGAAGCUAUUAAGUACCUCACAGAAGCUCUGCAGUCUGUCAAUGAAUUAGAGCUUGAAGAUACUCUGGAAAAGAUCAUUGAUGCAGUCGAAAAGCAGCCCUUGUCAUCAAACAUGAUCGAACGACCUGCAGUGGAGGCCGCAGUCCAGGAGUGCAGUCAUUCAGCUGAGGAAACGCUAGAGCAUAUUUUCAAUAUCAUAGGAGCUUUUGAUAUUCCACGCUUUGUGUACAAUUCAGAAAGAAAAAAAUUUCUCCCUCUAUUAAUGACCAACCACCCUGCACCAAAUUUAUUUGGAACAGCAAGAGAUAAAGCAGAGCUGUAUCGUGAACGAUACACCAUUUUGCAUCAGAGGACCCACAGACAUGAAUUAUUUACUCCUCCAGUGAUCGGUUCUCACCCUGAUGAAAUGGGAAGCAAAUUCCAGCUUAAAACAAUAGAAACUUUACUGGGUAGUACAACCAAGAUCGGAGAUGUGAUUGUUCUUGGAAUGAUAACCCAGUUAAAAGAGGGGAAAUUUUUUUUGGAAGAUCCUACUGGGACAGUACAACUGGAUCUUAGUAAAGCUCAGUUCCAUAGCGGUUUAUACACAGAGGCGUGCUUUGUCUUGGCAGAAGGUUGGUUUGAAGAUCAAGUGUUCCAUGUCAAUGCUUUUGGGUUUCCACCCACCGAGCCCGCAAGUACUACCAGGGCAUACUAUGGAAAUAUUAAUUUUUUUGGAGGGCCUUCUAAUACAUCUGUAAAGACUUCUGCAAAACUAAAACAACUUGAAGAUGAAAAUAAAGACGCCAUGUUUGUGUUUAUAUCUGAUGUCUGGUUGGACCAAGUGGAAGUGUUGGAAAAACUUCACACAAUGUUUUCUGGGUUUAUAACCCUUAGCACUUUUGUCUUCUUGGAGCAAACAAUGCAUUGUGCAGCUGUCCUGACCAUGGGCUCUUUUCCAAGAAGUGGAUUUUCAUUCAAAGUUUUUUACCCUUCCAACAAGACAGUAGAAGAUAGCAAACUACAAGGCUUUUGAUUCUUAAAGGCAUCUGAAGAAAAAGAUUCAUGUUUUCUACUUUAUAUCUAUGUAAUUCCUAUAUUAAAUUAUAAAAUUACAGUGGA